UUUUAUGUUUUUAUCCUUAAAUUUUUCAUUUUUUAUCACCAAAGUGUUUCCGAAGCGCCACCUUAUCGAUUCGCCCUGAUGUUCUGUGUCAGUUUUCCUCACUGACGUGACACUGCACUCGAUAAGCGGACCGUGGGAGAAUUGUUUACGUUUCUGUUAUACAAUAUGUUUCGAUUGUUUUUGUCACCCAAAGAUUUAUUUCGCAGCAUUGUUUGUUGACAACGCUGGCCCUGAUUAUGAGUCCCAUCAUGACCUUUGAAUAACACUAAAGGAUGCCACACCAAUACGGUGUUCAUGGGCUGCAUAGUCCACCCUCUCCUCCUCAAAGGCCUGUUGAAAGAGCUGUGAAUCAGGGCGGUGGAGGUGGGGUGAUCGCCCCAAGUCCUCUCAACAUGUUGAGCUCAAGAUUGGAUCAACGCUUGACACGAGAUGCCAUGGAAAGGUAUCUUCGUGAAAGGAAUGACAUGGUGAUUGUCAUUCUUCAUGCCAAAGUUGCUCAAAAGUCUUAUGGCAAUGAGAAAAGAUUCUUCUGCCCUCCUCCAUGUAUUUAUCUAUUUGGAGAUGGGUGGCGACUCAGGCAGGAACAGCUCAUGAGAGCAGGAGAAUCAGAGCAGAGUUCACAGUUGUGUGCAUUCAUUGGAAUUGGUAGCGCUGACCAAGAUAUGCAGCAGCUUGAUUUGAACAACGGAAAACAGUAUUGUGCAGCAAAAACACUGUUCAUCUCGGAUUCUGACAAGAGAAAGCAUUUCAUGCUUUCUGUUAAAAUGUUUUAUGGGACUGGGCAAGAUAUUGGUGUAUUUCACUCCAAACGAAUCAAGGUCAUUAGUAAACCAUCAAAGAAAAAACAAUCUCUGAAAAAUGCUGACCUUUGUAUAGCAAGUGGCACAAAAGUAGCCCUUUUCAACCGUUUGCGCUCUCAAACUGUGAGCACAAGGUACCUACAUGUUGAAAAUGGAAAUUUCCAUGCUAGUUCUACUCAGUGGGGUGCUUUCACUAUCCAUCUCCUGGAUGAUAAUGAGAGUGAAAGUGAAGAAUUUACUGUUCGAGAUGGCUACGUACACUAUGGUUCUACUGUAAAACUUGUGUGCUCUGUUACUGGUAUGGCUCUGCCAAGACUUAUUAUUCGAAAGGUUGACAAGCAGAUGGCCUUAUUGGAAGCUGAUGAUCCUGUUUCUCAGUUACACAAGUGUGCUUUCUACAUGAAAGACACUGAACGCAUGUAUUUAUGUUUAAGUCAAGAAAGAAUCAUUCAAUUUCAAGCAACACCAUGCCCUAAGGAAUUGAACAAAGAGAUGAUAAAUGAUGGUGCCUGCUGGACAAUUAUAUCAACUGAUAAGGCUGAAUAUCAAUUCUUUGAAGGAAUGGGUCCAGUUAGAUUGCCAGUUACCCCAGUUCCAAUUGUACAUUCAUUGAAUUUGAAUGGUGGAGGAGAUGUUGCUAUGCUGGAGCUUAGUGGUGAAAACUUCACUCCAAACCUUCAGGUCUGGUUUGGAGAUGUAGAAGCUGAGACUCUAUAUCGAUGUCAAGAAACAAUGUUAUGUGUUGUUCCUGAAAUAACUCAGUUUCGAGGAGAAUGGCAGUGGGUCCGUCAGCCGACACAAGUGCCCGUAUCUUUGGUUCGCAAUGAUGGAGUUAUUUAUGCUACAGGUCUUACUUUUACCUACACUCCUGAGCCUGGGCCAAGGCCUCAUUGUCCACCUGCUGAGGACAUUAUUCGCACUCGUAGACCUAGAGACACUGAUAGGGACCAGGACAAUCGAACAACUGAGCCGCAAAGGGAUAGUCAGAAUAAUCGCUAUCCUGCCAUCUCUGAUGGACCUUGGAGUCAGGCAUCGUAGUUAAUGACAUAUAUUUUUUAAUAUUUGACAGUCCAAGGUAAACAUAUUGUUUACAGGGCCAAAUUAAGAGUGGGACCAAUGUUUCUCCACUAGCCUAACAGUACUUGUAUUCUUUGCCGAAAAGAAAUCAAAUCUCGUAGCCAUUAGUAUUAAGUAAUUGUGUGCACGCAUUAUGCAUGAUAUUUGUGAUGUUUUGUGUACGUUUUUAUACUCAGACUGAUAUGAAACUAUAGUAUUCAUCUCUAUUUUAACUUUGCCAUAUGUUCUAUUUUCAUGAAAUGGCAUACUUCUUGUAUAUAAAAGAGAUGUGCUGAUUUCUGUGAUUACUGCAUGAAAGCGGUCUAUUUUUACUUUCCUGUAUCAUGUUUUAAGAGCCAAUUGCAAUAAAUUUUAACCUCUA